UGUAAAGUGUUAAGAACACAAUUGAAAUUUUGAAAAUAUCAGAAAAAAAUUAAACUAGUUAAAAAUUAUAAAAUUAUUAAAUUUAUUAUAUUUCACAAAUGAAAAAUUUAAUAUUAUAAAAUCAAAAAUCAAAGCAAACUAUUUUUGUAACAUUGAAGACAGAAAAAAAAUAAAUUAUUAAAAUAUUAAAUUCAUUAAGAAAAGAUUUUUGAAAAAUAUUUAAAAAAUAAAAAUUUUUCAUAUGAAUAAUUAAAAUUAUUAUUCUAAAACAUUUCAAUAUAUAAAAAAUAAUAAUAUGGUAACCGGUGUUUCAAGUACAAUAUCACAAAAAACAAUGACUGCGGUAGUUAAUCAACAACAAUCUACAAUGCCUCUUAAAGAGGUAACACAACAACAACAGCAACAACAACAGGCACAACAGCCAUCACCUCCAACAGCUCCAGUUAAAAGUGAUAGAAGAUCAAAUAAACCAAUAAUGGAAAAAAGAAGGCGAGCGAGAAUUAAUAAUUGUUUAAAUGAAUUAAAAACUUUAAUUUUAGACGCAACCAAAAAAGACCCAGCACGUCAUUCUAAAUUAGAAAAAGCUGAUAUAUUAGAAAAGACUGUUAAACAUUUACAAGAAUUACAACGUCAACAAUUGGCUAUGUCACAGGCUAUUGAUCCAAAAAUUGUUAAUAAAUUUAAAGCUGGUUUUACAGAAUGUGCAAAUGAAGUUAGUCGUUUUCCAGAUAUUGAUCCACAAGUAAAACGUCGUUUAAUGCAACAUUUAAGUAAUUGUAUAAGUGGUGUUAAAUCUGAAUUAGGUCAAUUAAGACAAAGACAACAAGUACAACAACAACAACAGCAAACAAUAAAUGGUUCACAAACAAAUAUACAACAAUCAGUACAAAUACAUAUGUUACCAUCACCACCAAGUUCACCAGAACAAGAUCAUCAUCAUAAUCAUCAUCAUUAUCAACAACAAAAUCAUCAUAAUUUAACAAGACAACAACAACAGCAGCAACAACAAAUUCAUACAACUAUAACUGGAACACAAAUUCAAGCAACACCAAAUGGUUAUUUUUUACCAAAUGGUGUACAAGUAUAUCCAACAAAAUUAUCUAAUGGUACAUUUGCUUUAAUUUUACCACAACAACAAUCACACCAAUCAAAUCAUCAACAACAACAACAAAUUUUAGUACAACAACAGCACGUACAACAACAAUCUCAAUUACCUAUGUUAGUACCAAUUCCAAAUAGAACAGCAUCAACUGGUUCAGCAACAUCAGUAUCUAGUAAUUAUGAACGACAUUCACCAAUAACAGUUCAACAACAACAACAACAUUUAAUUCAUCAACAACAACAACAGCAAUUACAACAAUCUCAACAAAUUCAUUAUGCACCACCUAGUCCAGCUAAUUCAUAUGAAGCAAUGGAUUGUCAAUAUUCACAACCUCAACAACAACAACAACAGCAAUCUCAAUCAUCAGUUAUUCAACAUGUAUCAUCAUCAACAUCAUCGACAUCAUCUUCAAGACAAUCACCAAUUAUGAUUGAUUCACAAUAUUAUAAUAUUCAACAACAACAACAAAAUAGACAUCAAACAUCAUCAACAUCAUCAUCACAAUAUGAUGAUAUUGAUGAUGGUUCAGCACCGUUAUCUUUAGUUAUUAAAAAACAUAUUAAGGAAGAGGAACAACCAUGGCGUCCUUGGUAAUUAUUUUUUUUUUUAAUUAUUUUUGUAGUAAUUUGUAAAUAUAAAUAUUUAUAAUUAUGUAUGUAUAUUAGGGAAACAAUAUAUUUUAGAAUUAUAUUUUCAAUGAAUUAUAUAAACACGUACACACACGUAUACAUAUACACACGCGCGCUCAGAUACUUAAUAAAAAUAUUUUGAAAAUUAUUAUUGUAUUGUUACCUAUAUUUUGUCAGUUAUGACUUAUUAUGACAUUAACAUGUGUCAAAAAUUAAUUAAUUUUUUUUUUAUUUAUGUUUUUGACAUAUUCAAAAUCAAAUAUUGUACUUACAUUUACAUAUCUUGUGUGUGCGUGUAUUAUCAGAAAUUAAAUAAAAAAUUUUAUUUGAACGUGAAUUUUAUUUUAAAAAAAUCUUAACAACACACACAAUAUAAGGAAAACAAAGACUGACAAUGUAAAAAAAAAAAUAUGAAAAUAAAAAAUAAAUAUAAAAGAAAAUAUUUUUUUUUUUAUUUUUCUGGACAAAAACAUAACAAUAAGAAAAAAUAUAAAUUCAUUUUAAUUUUAAUAGCGUCUGACUUGCAAUUAUAAUGAUCAAUUUCAUCGGUUCCAUUUAAAGCCGCAAUAAAAAUAAAACAAUAAUCUUAAAUAUUAUUUGCUUUUUCAAGUUUAAAUGUCAAUGAAAUUAAUUGAACUCGUAAUAUAUACAAAAUAAUUUAUUUAAAAAAAUACGCCAUAAUUAUUCAAAAACAAAUAAAUUAAAUAUU